AUGCGGACGGCCCGUGGCGAAGUUUGCACCAAGCGCAUGGAGGCUCAGGAGCUUGAGGAAAGGUGGAGGAGGACGCAUGCAGCCCUCGCUUCACUUUGGGAACAGCAGCAAAUCAAGCCAGGGCGCAAGCGGAGGCAGGUGCCACAGGAGGGCACUGCUUCAGUGCCUUCCUUGGCUCGAAUUGCAAACGCCAGGGUGAAGCAGCAAGAACAUGCCAGGGAGGAAAUUGAUGGGCUAUUAGCCCAUCAGCCUGCUAAAGGCCGAGAACCUCGGCCUUGGCCGGAAGCGGGUUCAAUUCUAGGCCGGGCUGGCGACCUUCGGCGAGUGAGAGCGGCGGACCGGUGUCGGUCACCGGACACCGGUGCUUGCAAGAGGUCGGAGUCGCUGGCCCAUGGCCCUCGGUGUUUUGGGGCUGACCAGAUGGUGUGA